UAAACAGACUUGGAGCAAGUGCUGUGAGCGAGCCCCAAACCUCUCUCUCUCUCUCUCAAACACGCACACACACCACGCGACACCCCCUGCUCUCUCACCCCCUGCCUUCAACUGCCAGGCACAGGGCAUCCCCAGCACAUCAUCGCCCGUUCGUCCCGCUCCUGCAGGCAACCUGUCGGAUCGCGUGAAAACAAACAAGGGGGAAGAAGAAGCAGGAGGAGGAGGUGGUGGUGGUGUUGUUGUUGGGAGGGGAAUACGGUGCGAGCUGGAUAACGACUGCUCCAACAACACCACCACCACCACCACCCCCAGGUCGCCCGCCAACUCGACCCCCCCCCCCCCGUGCCAGCAGUGCGGGCGGGGGUGCCUUAGAGGUAUUCGGCCGUGCGCGCACAGCAAGCAGCAUCAGGAACAACAGCAGGAACAGCAUCAGGAGGAGGAGCAGCUGCAGCCACGGUGUCGGCAGUGGCCGAGGCCCAGGGCACAGCUAGCUCCCCGCGUCUCUCCCUGGCCCGGCCACCGCGCCGCGCGCAUCUCCUCCCAACCUCCCGCAAUCCGUGAUCUCCGCCGCUGUCCUGACCGCACGCCGUCUCCCGUGGGAUCGAUGAAAAAUUAAGCGAUGCUUUCCAGCGGAGAAACUUUGCAGGGGCCAUCAGCCGAGAUGUCAACUCAUCAAACUUUCCACGGGGAUUUAGCAGAGGCCUCCUGAACAAGGGGGGGAGUGAGUAGGUGUGAGUGUGGGGAAUAAAACAAACCGCAACGCGACGGAGCGCAAGCUGUUAAGAUUUCGGCAACAACAACAACAACAGCAAAAUUCGCAGGCGAAAAAAAUAUCCUGAAUAAUAAUAAUGAACCGGAUUCCAUCUCCGAAGGCGCAGACGGCACACGAGGGCGCCGAUCGCCCGCGUGGACACGGCCGCACGUGCGGAGGAGGAGAGCAACAGCACGCCAUGCAGCCGACGCGGAUCGCCAUCUGUCCCAGCACUCGGCCUGCCGCGUGCCAGCAGCGCGACAUCGUGCUCACGGAGCUGACGGUGAUGGAGGACGGCGACUGGGCCUUGGGGUGCGGCCACGAGGAGCUGCGGCUGCGCGAGCUGGAGGAGGCUCGCACGAGGGCGCUGCAGCUGGAGAAGACCAUGCGCUGGUGGUCAGACUGCACGGCGAGCUGGCGCGAGAAGUGGGCCAAGGUGCGCGCCGAGCGCAACCGAGCGCGCGAGGAGGCGAGCUCGCUGCGCGAGCGGCUCGAGGGGGCGACGGCCGAGCUGGCGGAGGCGCGGCGCGAGAGGCGCGGGAUGAGCGCCGACAACGCCCGGAUCCUCCGCGAGGCCGGCGGGCCGCGAGCCGAGACGGAACGACGGGGCGAGGAGGGCGAGGGGGACGGGAAAGACGUAGACGAUGAGGAUGACGAAGAAGGGGAGCGGCAGGAGGAAGAGGAGAAUCACGGCGACGACGACGAUGAUGAUGAUGAUCGUGAGGGGGGUGAUGCUGAGGGAGAGCCAGCAGAUGCAGCGAUGACAGGCGUUAACCGAGCUGGCAAGGAGGUGGAGAGGAUGAGCAGCCCUGAGCAGGAGCCCGUUCGAGACACGCAACCAGGCAAACGCUCGGUGGCGCUACCCAGCAACAAGGACACGACGCUGGUCGAGGAGCCGUGGGAGAAGCGGCGUGACGCGGGGAACUACCGGCGGGGCGCCGGGCCGGCGGGGCGCCUCCAGGAGGCGGCGGUGGCCUCGGCCGUGGAGGAGGAGCUGGCCAGGGCCACGGUGUUGCGGCUGCGCCUCGACGAGUCCCUCAAGACGCUGCUCAAGGAGCGCGAAGACAAGUCUGAGCUCACGAAGACGAUAGAAAAGUUGGAGGCCGAGGUGUUGCAGUGGAGCCUCAAAAACGAGGAGCUCAACAAGUCCAAGCAGGAGGCUCUCAAGCAGCUGGCACUGCUGAGAGAGGCCCACGAGGCGGAGAUGGGUAGGAUGACGGAGGACCUUGAGGAUCAGGUUAGCGCCCACUCCUCCAUGGACAAGAAACUCUCAGAUAUGAGGGCUGAGCUGGAGCGGCUGCAGGCGGAGAACGCGGCCGAGUGGGGCAAACGCGAGCGCCUCGACACGGAGAAGCUGGCGCUCGAGCGCGACAACAAGAAGCUGCGCCUGCAAUUGGAUGAUCUCGAGGAGCAGCUGUCCAAGCGCAGGAAGCAGACAGCGAGCGCCAGCGACGCGGACCUGCGCUCAGUGCAGGCCCAGCUCUACGAGAAGAACAAGGAACUGUGCGACCUCCGGCACGCGUACGGGAAGCAGAGGAAGGCGCAGGCGGACGUGGCGGCGGAGCUGGCUCACGCUCAGCGGCGGGCGGAGCAGAGCGAAGCCGAGGUCAAGAAACUGCGGCAGCGCGUGGACGAGCUGAAGAGGGAGGCAGCGCGCGCAGAGGAUGAGCUGGAUGAGACCCAGAACCAGGUUCGCCGACUACAGCGCUCGCUCGACGAACAGGUGGAGACCAGCGAGAACCUGCAGGUGCAACUCGAGCACCUUCAAACCCGGCUGAGGCGGCAGCAGACGGACUCGCUCUUUGGGAAGAAGCGGAGUGGAGGACGCUACGAACCCAGCGAAGGUGGAGCUGCAGGGAGCGAGGAGGAUGACGGAAAUUCCAGCUGACGGCAUUACUUGGAGGAGAGGCGGGUGGGGAGAACGAUGAUGUUGUUGGGUGCUUCGUUUUGUUGUCCUUUCCCCGCACCUCCGAUUAGCAGGGUUGGCUACGUACAGCGCGUAAGAAGUUCUACAUACAUACAUAUAUGUGUGGGUAGCAGAAAGUAGCGAGGAAAGCUAAAGCCAGGGAACUGUUCAAGCAAUUUUUGAGGUCACCGGCAAAAACACACUCCAUGUUAGAGUCUCAGAUUAUGAACUCAAGUGAUAAAUAACAUCAACCAGAAGAACAUGAUCCAGCAAUAUGCUGUUAAGCUUAAGUGCUCUUUACUUUAUUCACAAGGUACAAACCUUGAAAUUAUAAUUUCCUAGGGCUGCGACAAUACAAUAUUUAUCAUAUCCUUUAGGGGGUAAUGCUAAGAUUGAAAGUGCUGAUCACUCCUCUGAAACGUGGCUUUACUGGAGGGCCCCCCCCCCCC